GAAAUGUUGACGUCAUGUUUCGCUUUCACAUGAAAGGCACCUCGAGAUAUUUAUGAGAAUACGAACCUCAACCUCAAUUGUCAAUUGUAAUUAUAUUCAUCAAUUACAAUGGCCUCUAAUACUGGCCUCGUCAAUCCCCUCUUCCACCCUUUUCUCUUCCUCUUCCAGAUCUUCCAAUGGCUCACGGACAAACUCCUCUCGCCCAAGCCACCGAACGAAAACUCGAGGCUUGGGCGUAAUAGACCUAAGAUUGCGGUCAUUGGGGCGGGAAUUACGGGCGUUACGAGUGCGGCUCACUGUAUUGGCCAUGGCUUUGAUGUUGUGAUUUUCGAAGCCGGGUCCAAGGAUAAUGUUGGUGGUAUUUGGAGUAGAGUCAAUGAGACGUCUGGACUUCAGAUCCAUUCAUUGAUGUAUCGAUUCCAUCCUUCUGUUCAAUGGAAUCGUGGGUAUCCCGACCGUCAGCAAAUUCUCAGUCAGGUUAGACAACUUUGGGAACGCUAUGGCCUCAAAGAAAGGACUCGCUUCAACACAAAAAUUGAUCGCGUUUACCAAGAUGACCAGGGACGAUGGAUUGUCAACGACCCUUCUCUCGGACGCUUUGGCGGUGUCAUUGCUGCGGUAGGAACUUGUGGCGCACCAAAGAUGCCAAAGAUCCCUGGCAUGGACAACUUCAAAGGUCCUAUUUACCACUCUAGCGAACUCACUGGAAAAGAUGUGAAGGGUAAAAAGAUGGCCAUCAUUGGCGGAGGUGCCUCUGCUGUUGAAGCCCUGGAGUUCGCCUUUACAGAAGAUGCUGCCAAAGCGACUAUUCUAUCGCGCUCAGAUAAGUGGAUUAUUCCUCGCAACAUGAUCGUCGAUACACUUCUGAGCUUCAACAUCUUUGGCCAAGAGACAGUUUUGUCGUUUAUCCCAGAGUUCUUCCUGCGCAAGUUCUUCUACAGAGAUCUUGAGGACAUUGCGCCGGAUAAGAGCCAUGGUCUAUUCAUGGAGACGCCUAUGGUUAACUCUGAUGUCAUGGAUAAGCUGCGCGAAGGCAAAGCUGAAUGGGUUCGUUGUGAUAUCGAUGAGUUUGUCGAGAGCGGUAUUCGAGUUAAUCGGCGUGCCAAGGGUGUACCGCAAGGUGGUCCUGGUCACGAGGAAGUCAUCGAUGCUGAUAUUAUUGUCAUGGCUACUGGCUUCAAGAGACCUUCUCUAUCUUUCCUCCCUAAGGAUUGCUUCGAGGAACCCUACCCACCGCCAAACUGGUAUCUCCAGACCUUCCCACCCACUCACCCUUCAGUCUCAGCUAUCAACUGCACAUACGUCAACGCCAUCGGCACCGUCGGAAACUGGCACAUUGGUAUCUACACUCGAAUCCUUCUCAUGUUUCUCAUGGAUCCGUUCUCUCGACCCAGUCCCUUCUGGAUGCAGCGCUGGAUCGAUAUGACCAAGACACUCAAGCUUACCAGUCCUACUGGCGCUUUCGACUUCUUUACUUACUUGGAGCUUAUCUGGUGGUUCUUCUUCUGCGUAGUAAUUAACCCAUUCCGAUGGAAGUGGGCUAUCUUUGUGUUCUUUGGUGUUGGGUUUGGACUUCCAAAGGCGGUGGUAAGUCAGGAGGAGAGGUUCACGAAUGGAAAUGGAUAUCAUGCUACAGAUGAAGGUCGAAGCUUUUAGGAAAGCUUCCACGGUUUAAUUCAUCGAGAGUCAUGGUUAUUGAAGAUCAGGUGAGAAGAUUUGCGAAGAUACGAAAAGAGGUUCGUCACUUGCGAGAAAGUGAGGAAAGUAAUUGGCAUUGAAGGAAGUUUAGGCUUCUUUUAUGAUAACGAGACACUGAAUACAAAAUCAAGGGCAUAUAUCACUACUCACCCAUGUGUAGUUAUCCUGUCACCACAAAACGGCCUUACUCGAAGCAGGCAAUGUUUAACACAGUCCGAGUUCCUCGCAAGUGUAUGAGACCCCAGUUAUCCAUGGGAAUCUCCUGUACGUAAUGAAGGAGUCUAGCUUCAACAGCUGCCUCAUUAAGAUGAGCUGUUACGCAUAGCGGGUCAUGCAAGCAAAAGAACUCAACGUGGGGGAUUUUGAUUGAGUUGGCAGAUCAUCUGGAGAAAACUUGGGGAAGUGAAGCAUGCGAAAUGAAAAGGGAUCUUAUUACGUACGGCGGCUACGGAACGUGGCUCUGUGAUAUGGGUAUGUAAAUGUUUUGCCGAGCUGAGGCGUAAUGUCCAAUAAGAUGUCAGUGAAAAGCUCUAUUUCGGAC